CUUUAUCCCUCGCGCGACCUCUUUUUUCCGGCGAGCGAGACUCAAGAGGAUCUAGCAUAGCAAGUGCAAUGGCGCUUCUGCCGUCAUUCCUCGCUCUACCCGCCUCCUCCCCUUCUCGUGCUGACACAACUUUCAACCGCGUCAGCCGAAUCUGUAGCACUGGCGGCGCGGCGCAUGAUAAUGCCCUCCUCCUUCGGGCAGCAGAGGUCGCGGACUGGUCGGCGGGGCACACUGCUCCCCACCCUAACUUCGGCUGUGUCAUUGCUCGCAACGGCGAGGUUGUCGGAGAGGGCUUUCUCUACGCACAGGGAACCAAAUGUGCCGAGCUCCAGGCUGUCGAGGCAGCAAACGAGCUAGGGCGCGGCGCCACCGCGUACAUCAACAUGGAGCCUGGUGAUUGCCACGGAGAUCAAACCCCAGUCUCCUCCCUUGUCCAGGCUGGAAUUUCAAGAGUUGUUGUGGGAAUUAGACAUCCUCUAGGACAUCUUCGAGGCAAGGCAAUCAAUUCAUUCAGAAAUGAAGGAAUCCGAGUUGAUGUUGUUGGGGAGGAGCUGCCUAGCAAGAAAAUGGAGAAGGCUUUGAAGUCCUGCAUAUUAGUAAAUGCUCCACUACUUUACAGAGCUGCAUUUCAUGUUCCCUUCUCCGUACUCAAAUAUGCAAUGACAUUGGAUGUGGCUUUCAUUUUGAGAUUACCAGGAAAAAUUGCAGCAAGAAGUGGAGAUGCCUCUUGGGUAAGCAGCAGGCUUUCUAGAGGCCGAGUUUUUGAACUAAGGGGCCGAAGUGAUGCUAUUGUUGUAGGAGGAAAUACUGUUCGACAGGAUGAUCCAAGACUGACUGCCAGGCAUGGUGGGGGCCAUGUACCUGCUCGCAUAGUAAUGUCAAAGAGUUUGAAUCUUCCUGAAGAGGCGAACCUAUGGAAUACUCACGAUGCAUAUACAAUUAUUGCUACACAAAGAGGAGCUCGAAAAGACAUUCAGGAGAAGCUCGCUAAAAAAGGAGUUGAAGUGGUGGAAUUUGACAUGCUAAACCCUAGAGAUGUUAUGGAAUAUUGUUAUAGUCGUGGUUGCUUGUCAAUACUUUGGGAAUGUGGUGGGGAACUUGCUGCACCAGCAAUAAGCUCUGGUGUAAUUCACAAGGUUUAUGCAUUUAUUGCUCCCAAAAUUAUUGGUGGCAGAGGUGCUCCAUCUCCUGUUGGUGAACUAGGGAUGAUUCAAAUGUCCCAAGCACUUGAUUUGAUUGAUGUCUCCAUUGAAGCGAUAGGCCCGGACAUUCUUGUAAGUGGCUUUCUUCAUCCCAUUCCAGACCUGUCACCAGUAAUCCCAUCGAUUCAUGAAACUGCUGCUCUUGAUCCAACAGUCUCUCCUUACGAGUCAAAAAUUAUAUUCUUUUAUAAGACAUGGGAUCCGUUUGGAGCAUUUUCCAAUUUUUCUCCACAUUCUAUAAUCAUGCCUGAUGAAACUGGAGUUCCUUGCAUGUGGCCUACUGUAGAACACUACUAUCAGGCCCAAAAGUUUUUGGGCGUUGAUAAUCCACUUGCAAAGGGUUUGAUUGAACAAAUUAAGUCUGCAAGAAGCCCUGAGGAAGCUGCACGCAUUGGGAGAAAAGUUCAGAGAGAACAACCUGAAUUGGUACAUCCUGAUUGGGAUACCGUGAAGAUUGAUGUCAUGUACAGGGGUCUCAGAUGUAAGUUCUCAAUGCACCCUCACUUGAACUCCUUGUUGCGCUCAACGGUAGGAUUUGUUCUCGUUGAAGCUUCGCCACAUGAUCUAUUCUGGGGAGGUGGUCGAGAAGGGGAGGGCCUGAAUUAUUUGGGCAGGCUGCUCAUGAAAUUAAGAUCUGAAAGUCUUAAAGAAGCUACCCCAGAUUCUUCUAUUGUGUGACUCUUUCACCAGUACAAGCUUGCUAAAAUAUGACAUUUGGCGUAUAGAAUUCAAAGUUAAACAUAUCAUAAAUUAUUAAUUUUGUUUUCAGCAAUCACUUUUUUUUUU